AUGAAAGAAGAUGGAAGUAAAGAAGCAGAUGCAUCUCUCUAUAGAAGCUUGGUUGGAAGUCUAUUAUAUUUGACAUCUGCAAGAGCCAACAUCAUGUAUGCUACAAGCUUAUUAUCUCGGUUUAUGCACAAUCCAAGCCAAAUUCAUGUUGGGGCUGCAAAGAGGGUGUUGAGAUAUAUACAAGGUACACUUGAUUUUGGCAUCUUGUAUGAGAAAAAUGUUGAUGCAAAGUUGUUUGGUUUUUGUGAUAGUGAUUGGGCCGGAUGUGUUGAUGAUAUGAGAAGUACUUCUGGUUGUGCAUUCUCUCUUGGUUCGGGUGUAUUUUCAUGGGCAUCUAAAAAGCAAGAAACGGUGGCGCAAUCUUCUGCUGAGGCUAAGGGUAAAUCUGUACAACAGUUCUGGCUUUGGCUUGCUGGUGUUGCUGUUAAUGGUAUCACCACUAGCAACAAAGACAGCAGCGAAAUUUUAGGAAGGCUCAUUGCUUAUCUCAUAAUGUGGCACAAUGAAACAAAGACCAUGGAAGAGUGCUUUGGAAAUUACAUAGUUGUCUUCCCUCUCAUAGAGUCGAAUGUCGAUGGCAUCAGAGAGAGAAAAAAGCCUCAUGGCUUUGCAAAGGAAUCAUCUGCAUAUGGUGUUGCUAUGGUUCUUAGCAGCUGUAGUACUAGCAGCACCAACAGAAGCAUCCCAAACAAUUACAUCCGAUUGUGA